AUGAUUGCCAAGCGUCUUCCAAACAGUAGGCAUCGGCCGGAACUACAGCACGAUGAUGACAAUCGAAGCAGUCGAAGCUGUUCUUUAGGCAAGCUCUCGAGCAGAUGGCUCGGCAAGCAAAACAGCUUUCUCUUUGCACCUCUACUGCUUGGAGCACUGCUACCGGCUUCAGGUGUUGUUGCUCUGAAGCCCAAGAUCUCGGUGGUCGAUAAGGCUGUUGUUGCACGAAAAGGUUCCACAGUAAACUUGACAUGCUCUGCCACGAGGGUUAGAAAACUUACAACCUCAAGCUCUUGGAAAUUCAACGGACCAGAAAUAAAGAAAAGAAACAACAAAAUAAUAAUACCAGAGCCACACUAUCAGACAAAUAAAAGAAAAGGAAACUUUACUUUAACCAUCAAGAAUGUUUCGGACACAGAUGUUGGUACAUACACCUGCAAAGUCUCCAAAAUACACCUUGACAGGAUGCUUGAGGCAAAUGAGAAUAUAGAGCUGUCACUUCAGGAAGAAUUACUCAACGUCACUUCCACGCAGACAAACAUCACCCUCGACGAAGGAAGCACAACAACUCUCAAUUGCAGGGUCAUCUUUUCAGAAGCUUUCGCUGUGGUCGUGUACAGGCUUUUGAAUGGAAAGAUAGUCUCUAAACCUGAAGUCUUGCACCAAGAAGUGAAUGGCAAGUCCUUGGCAAACAAAGUUAAACGACUCAGCAUAAGGCUGGAACUGAAACAUGUGACCCUCGCCCAAUGUGGAAUCUACACAUGUGGUGCAAACUCCACCAUUGGUUUAAAAACACACGACAUAGCUGUGAACAUACGUGACACACAAGGUCCAGAUUUAAAAUUCACACAGAAAAUUAAAUCCUUUGUUGAAAUUGCAAACGGUACAAAUGUUACUUUAAGUUGUCUCGGAAUUUACCUAGCAGCAUUGUUUGAUGAGACGUUCUGGCUUUUUAAUGGCAGCCAAAUAAAAAGUAACAAGCACUUUGAAAUAAACAAUGGUUUCGUUGACAACAAUGAGGGAAAUGUUAAAAGGAGACUUCUCAGCUUAACGAUAUACAAUACUGGAGUUGAAGAUAGUGGAACUUGCGGACGAAAAACAUCAAGGUUUAUGUGA